UGUGUAGUCAUUUGUCUCUCGCAUCCCAUUUUUCAAAAAACUCCCCUCUCUCCUCUCUUAUCACUCUUCUUCAUUUUACUUUCUAUAAAUCCAAACUCAUAAACAAAAGAUUUUUGUCUUUCCAUCAACAUCAUCACUUCCCUCAUAACUCUUCCACAAUAACUCUCACUUCGUGUUCUUCCUCUGUUUUCAUUCCAUCACUGCCAACAAACAAAGAACACAAAAGAAUGAGUUCAAGAGCGUUCAGAGCAACACCAGAUAGCAACUACUUGGUCCCCAGGAGAUCUAAAGACCAACAAGACCCCAGUCCUGACCGAAACCGGAUCUGGACUGAGCCUCCUCACAAACCGACUCUUAACCGGAAAGUUCCCGUCGUCUAUUAUCUCUGCCGCAAUGGUCAGCUCGACCAUCCUCAUUUCAUCGAAGUCACUCUUUCUUCCACCGAUGGUCUCUAUCUCAAAGAUGUGAUAAACCGUUUGAAUGAUCUUAGAGGGAAAGGCAUGGCAAGCCUCUAUUCUUGGUCUUCCAAAAGGAGCUACAAAAAUGGAUUUGUCUGGCACGACUUAUCGGAGGACGACUUCAUCUUCCCCGUUCAAGGUCAAGAGUAUGUACUCAAAGGCUCUGAGGUUCUUGAUUCUUGUCUCCUCUCUAACCCCAGGAGCCUCCUCGGAACGACGUCGUUUAGAGAUACGAGCUCUCUAAACCCAGAGAAAAACUCCAACUCCGUCUCGCCGGUGAGUCGCCGGCGCAACCAGUCGUGGAGCUCUAUCGAUCUCAGCGAGUACAAGGUCUACAAAGCAACCGAGUCUAGCGCCGAGUCGACUCGCAGAGUCGCCGCGGACGCUUCCACGCAGACGGAGGAUCGAAGGCGGCGGAGAAAGCCGGCGAAAGAGGAGGAGGUGGAAAGUCCGGCGAGUUUCGAGAAUCAGAGCAUUGAGCUGAGCAGAGACGAGAUUUCUCCUCCGCCGUCGGAUUCGAGCCCCGAGACUUUGGAGAAUCUGAUCAAAGCAGAUGGACGGCUGAUAUUGCGUCAAAACGAGAGCGCCAGCGAACAUCGGACGGUCGAGAGCUUAUCGAGCGGGAGGAUGAGGGCUUCGGCUGUGUUGAUGCAGCUGAUCUCGUGCGGGACGAUGUCGUUUAAGGAAUGUGGGCCUGUUUUGUUGAAAGAUCAUGGGCUGUCGUUGACUGGGCGUAGCGGGUGCACGGUAACGCGAGGAGCAGGGGAUAACGGUCUGGAGAGGGCAGAGAAGGAGUUAGAGAGUUUUGGAAGGGUAAAACUGGAAGAUAAAGAGUAUUUUAGCGGCAGUUUGAUUGAGACCAAGAAGGAGCUUGUUCCUGCUUUGCAAAGAUCUUCUUCUUACAAUGCUGACAGGAGUUCAAGAAUGGGACCAACUACUGAAAAGGAUGAAGAAGAGGCGGUUCGAGCAAAGUGUAUUCCGAGGAAACCAAAGUCGGUGGCUCUAAGGAACAAUGGUGUGCAUCAGUAACAAAAAAUCUGCAAUGAAACGGCUGGAGUCAAACAAGCUUAUUGUGUGGGUUUAAUAACAAAGAAAAGAAGAAUAGGGAAUGAUGAGUUGUAAGCAUUGUAAUAUGUGUAGGUAACUACUAAAAACCCCAGUGGGUGCUCAAAAAGUUAAAGAGUAAACAUGAUGGGUACAUAUAAAAAUCUUGUAGUUUGAGCCUAGGUGUACGUUGAGGUUAAUUUCAGACUCGUUUUAUUUUACCUAGGUGUAUUAUUAAUCUCGCUUAUAACUUUCAGUUAGAUUCAUU